AUGAUUUUAUCAAAACCAAAAGAUGAUGUAGAAAGCAAAAUCAGUAUUAUUUUAGCGCAAUACCGAAGAGCUCGUCAAAAGGUUGAACGAAUGAAAAAAUUAGGAAUGGACACAGAAGAGAUUAAUAAAGAAGUAUGGUUUGGACAUGAACGUAUGGGUUUUUUGAGUGACAGAUAUAUGCCAAAUGAAACACGGGAAAUGGAGGCUCAGUAUGCAUCUGUCAAUGUGGGAACUUCUGAAACAAAUGUAGAAACAAAUGACUUCGCCGUCGAUGAAGCGAAUACGGCAGCGAAUACGACAAACAGUAAUGAACCUCAGGAUAAAGAAUUACAUGUAAAUGCCUUAACAGAAAAUAGAACCGAAAGUUUGGAGGAAAUAAGCAAGAAACGAAAAAGCGAGUCAUCAACUAAGAAGCAGGUGCCAAAAAACGUGAAGACAAUAGAAAAUGACAACCAUGCCUCAUAAGCUUUCGAUAUUCUCAAAACUAAAUAUGAAAAACAGAAUGUGCCACCUGAUUCUUGCUACUUAUUUGCAAAUUAUAUUUCUAUGAAGCUAAGAGGCUUUGAUCAGUUAACCAAAGCAUAUGUCAAGUUUAAAAUUAACAGAAUAAUUUAUGAGACCAAACUUAGCAGCUUACAAUCGCAAACCUCAUACUCAGAUGUAUCAAACUGCAGUAGAGCCAGUUAUGUGGUUUAGCAACACAGUUAGUUUAGAGUGCAAUGGACUGCAAUGUCUUCACCCUGCACUAUUUAUAACACCGAAACGAGCUUUCUCGAUUGACAGCCCUCUAAACAGCAUUUCGGGUCAUCAUUGAAUGAUGCAAGUAGCAACUCAUCUAUUGUACAAAUUGUUUACUCCAGAGAUAAGGAUUAUCAAGUACGGCCAGGUUUUUGUAGUACAUUAAUGCCGUCUCCUCAAGAGGAAGAG